GGUUCCGGUAUAAACAAAAAUGAAAACAUUGUGAAAAUAAUAUGGAUGGGAGAGCGUUCGAGAACAAAUUUUCUGCAUAUGAUGGCAAGUCUCUUGUCGGUGACGAUGGGAAGUUAUUGGUUGGCCAACAAGAAGUGCUGAGGUCACACAUAGAUAGAUUGUUACAGAAAUUGAACACUGGUUUAGAUGAAGAUGCUGACACUAACUACUCUGUCUACACCGGCAUGGGAGGUAUUGCCUUUCUUCAUUGGCACAUGUACAACAAACUUGAUAAAGAUCCACAGUACCUGGAACAAGCCUACAGCUACAUCAAGCACCAUCUACGACACCUGAAAGGAAGGAGAGUGACCUUCUUAUGUGGGGAUGCUGGGCCUCUGGCUCUGGGCGCUGUGGUUUGUAGUGAGAUGGGCAAGGCUGACAAAUCACAGGAGCUGGUUGAAAGACUGGAAGCCAUGCACGAUGGUGUGUGUUCAGAUCGUAAUCUUCCUGACGAGAUCCUUUUUGGCCGGGCUGGUUACUUGAGUGCUCUUCUAUUUGUGCAGCACCAUCUAGGGGCCGACACGAUAGACAACUCUAUAAUAUAUAAAAUUUUCCAGUCUGUGAUAGACAGAGGGCGAGGUCUGUCGAGGGAGAAGGGGUUCCACCACCCCCUGAUGUACCAGUGGCAUGACAAGUACUAUCUGGGUGCGGCUCACGGUCUGGCCGGAAUACUCACCACACUGAUGCAGGUUCAAGAUCCCACAGGGAAGUACAAGUCCAUGCUUAUAGACUUUGUGAAGCCGAGUGUGGACUAUAUGCUAGAUUUAAGGUACCCAUCUGGAAAUGGACCUUCUUCCCUGAAAAGUGAAAAUGGAGACAAACUUAUACACUGGUGUCAUGGAGCUCCAGGCUGGAUUCACCUGUUUGUCUCUGCGUAUAAGACGUUUACAGACUCCAAAUACCUGGACGCAGCCAAGAAAUGUGCAGACGUGAUAUGGGAACGUGGACUUCUAAAGAAGGGGUACGGAAUCUGUCAUGGUACAGCUGGCAACGCCUACGCUUUUCUGACUAUGUACAAACUGACCAGCAACCAGGAGUAUCUCUACAAGGCAUACAAAUUUGCGGAAUGGUGCUUUGACUAUGAAAAACAUGGAUGUCAUACGGCCGACACCCCAUUCUCACUGUUUGAAGGUAUGGCAGGUACCAUAUAUUUCCUAAUUGAUCUGCUGGAUCCUUCCAAAGCAUAUUUCCCGGCCUUUGAACUGUGACGGAAACAUACCUAGUAUGAUUUGACUUUUUAGGUAGCAAUCGAUGCUGUCUACGUAUGCUUGUGAACUGCGUUCUCAAUUGAUAAAAUUUGUAUUGCAUAAUAUCUGCAUGCUUUGUGAAGUGUUUUCAACUACCGGUAUCUUGUCAAUUAUGGAUGAACUAUGAAAACAGAUUUCGAGGAAAGUUUUAUUUAUGAGAUUAACAUCGAAAUAUUUAUCACUUUAUUUACAGUGAUGAUUAUUUUCAAGAUGUUCCUUACCCGCCAAUUUGUGUAAACGUUUUAUUUCACGAUAAUAAUUACCGCAAAAUAUAUAUACAUGUCCAAUAUUCAUGUGUUCUGGAAUAAAUUGUUU